UUCGAGUAAGCUAAAUGAGACGACAAACUUGAAGUAUUUGGUGACUAAUUGUCGAGAUUGGUUAUUUUAUGAGCUGCAGUCUUGAAAAGAGACAUUAAACUUCAACAAUGGCUUCAAAUGACUUUCCAAGCUAUGGUUCUACUGUGCGGCAGUACAGAGAUGAUCCCGACCACACAGAUUAUAGUGACAGGCCAAAUGUGUCUCGCUACUCCGAUACAUGUGAACAAGUCAGUGGAAACAUCAGCAACAUCAACAGUGGUGCCAAUUCACUAGAGAGAGCCAUGAAGAUUAUUGGAACAGACCGAGAUAGUGUUCAGCUGAGAGAUAGGAUACAUGAUACAUCACAGAAAACAAAACGAAUUGUACAGGAAACAACCAAGCUCAUGAAGACACUGGCUUCUAUGAGACAUCUAGAAAGGCAACAAAAGUUUAAAAUAGAUAGAUUGCAGACAGAUUUUGAAGAAGCUGUUCGACGGUUUACAACUCUACAGAAGAAUGCUGCAGAAAAAGUGAAGACAUCUGUGAAGUUAUCUACACCCAAACCACAAGGCAUGUUUGAUGGAGGGUUCGAUGAUGGUGAUGAUAAGACCGCCUUUGUGGAGCAGGAGAGAAGGAGAGAAGAACUUCAGGCCCAAGGACAAAUCAUUGAGGAUGACUUGGCAUUGAUCAGCGAGCGAGAAGAAAGAAUACGACAGUUAGAGGCUGAUGUGUUAGAUGUGAAUGAGAUUUUCAAAGAUUUAAAUGUGAUGAUCCAUGAACAAGGAGAAGCAGUAGAUUCUAUUGAAGCUAAUGUAGAACGGGCAUACGGCAAUGUAGAACAGGGCACAGCCCACUUAGGCAAGGCUUCAGAAUAUCAGAAAAAGUCUCGGAAGAAAAUGUGUAUUUUAGUGGUGAUUCUAGUAGUGGUAGCAGCUGUGGUGGCUAUCAUCAUUUAUACAUCGGUGAAAAAAUGAUAUCCUAGUGGUGAAUCACAUAAAACAGACGUUGGGCAGCAAGGGAAACAAACUGAAGCUGGUGACUGUCUUUUUAUAGGGACCUUCAGUAUCCUAUACAUACUGAAUGGUGUAACUGGUCAUUAAUUUAGCAAUAUAAGGUAUCACGCUACAAUGAGAAGAAUACAGAAGAUUGUACACAGCUGUAGAAAGUCCUGAUCCUACCCCAACCCCUCCUGUUUGUUUCACUAAACAUACUGAAACAGUGUAUGUCAUUAGACAGAUGUUGACAGUUUGUCUAGCGUGUUGUUGUGUCAUAUUGUGACCCAAUUCUUUCCAGGAAACGAACUGUUGAUUACAAGGUUAUACAGAAUUGUGGACCAAUCUGUCAUGCUAUAAAACUGUGAUAUGAUUUAAUCUGUAGGUAUGUUAAUGAUUAUGUGACUACAUCAAAGACCACCUCUUAGAUCAAUUAAAUAUAUAUGAACAUAAACCAGGUCAAUUGUAAAAUUUAUUAUUGCCACACACAGUAAAAUCUAGAUGUGUAUAGUGUUAUAUAAUAAAACCUUGAUAACCAUAGCAUAUGUAUUGGAGUGUAUCUGAUGAAAUCUUAUUAUUGAUAGGAUAUGUAUUUGGGGUUUACAUAAAAAAAAUCUAGAAAAUAAUAGAUUAUGUAUUUGGGGUUUACAUAAAAAAAAUCUAGAAAAUAAUAGAUUAUGUAUUUGGGUCUACUUAAUAAAAUCUAG